AUGCCCCCCCCUCCGCCUGACCCAGGACAACCACCACCCUCAGCUACGUACCGGCAUAAUCGCGCCCCGCUCCCUUCAUCCUCCUCGGAUCCGGAUUCGGACCCUGAUACGACCCAUCCCCCUGCCACCACACCGCUAACCAUACGCCAGCUACGUUCCAAGAUAGCUGCAGACAAAUUCCUGGCCCGACAGGAUCGCAUCCGGGCCACUCGUGCUGCCACGCAGCCUCUCACGCACCAAACCCGCCCAUCCAGGCUCAACAACACCCACUCGCACCAAACGUCCACUCCAGCCCAAUACCUCUCUGAGAAUGAUAAACUCAACUACACCCACAGCCCAACGGACAAACCCUCGGUACACGAUUCGGAACAGCAACCCACCCGACUAGGACCGGCCCUCGACCAGCCAAUGGGAACAAUGGGCCAGGCCACGUACCGGGCCACCUCACCCACCAGCUCAGUUAUCCACCUAUCUACCAAACUCCCACACUCCGAAGUCGAUCCAGACCUGGACCUAGCCCACCCUUCUUUCACGCUACCACCAUCCAAACGCUACCACACUAUGCUCUACCCGCCUACCCCGUCCUACCAGCCAGGUCCACUUAACCCUGCACAGCCCCCGCAGGACUCCACCGACCCACCCUCCCACGAGGAAGAACUGGACGAAUAUGAUGCCAACUCUGCCCUCCAAUUUCCAGGUCAACGCAACCUCUGCGAUGAAGGACAACUGAUCCUAUACCGCACAAUGACCAUGUACUGCUGGGAACGCGAAGCACACCUCAUCCAAGGAUUUACUCCAGCGGAGAUUGAGGAUAUCGAACAACACUUCUCCGAGACCAUGGUUCGGAUCCAGUUCACUAUCAACCCGUCGCUCCAGCAGCCGGACAACCAACUCAGCAUCGUCAACUUUCGGAAAGAAAUCGAGACAAUCUGCGAGGAACGUUUCGGGCUCACCUUCCACGGCGGACUCAGUGAACACGGGCAGCAGCUCCUGGGAACCCCCAUUCAACGCACCGCCCUAGCCUGGGCAGCCCCACGACGUGGAUACAUAUUCCUCCGGGACAUCUCCGUCGUAAUGCUAUACCAGUAUGCUGGAGUCCUCAGCAACGGGCUAUCCUACCACCAGCUGGAAUACCGCAACCGGUCUAAACUUGCUCCUGCUGACAUACUGUGUGCCCUCCGCGCCCUUGGGGCCACGGAUGCCAUCAUCCAGAGCUACUCACGUAUGUCCGGAGCCCACGGGCCGCGGGACCAUUGGGCGGCCAUUGGGUGUGUUAACUGGCCCACCGAGGGCAACCACCGCUUCCGACUUGUCUUCCCCAGCCAAACCAUGGCCGAAACUGUCUAUGCCAACUACCGCCUGCAUGCUGCUGGAACAAACCGCCUGGACCAGGUUCCUCCCUCCAUGAAGCUACACCCACUGCGUGACCUCAGCUGGGACAACCCCUCCUCCACGUUCUGCCACCCCUUAUCCCUCAGUGCAACCAAACUCGUCGCCACCAAAGUUCGCAUCGGCCCUCUCCCUACACUUACCACGCCUGCGGACAUCCUGGAGGCACUACAUGGCUCCCAGCUCCCCUCCCCUGAUGUGGACAUUAUCGACGACUAUGCAACCAUCACUUUUGACUCCCCAUGCCCGGCAGCCUUCCUAUGGAACGCCUCAGGCCCACAUGGGACCACCCGCCUCUACGUACGUAAUAUAGCUGUCCAGCUCCACGUACUCAUGGGCCGCCCACGUACCACGGCGGUGGCAAUGCAAUGUUCCGACUGUGGCCGCCUGGACCACCAGAGCAAACCUUGCGAUCGCUUUACCUACCUUGACCCCCGCGACCGCCGCUCGGUCUCUCAACACUCCACCACGGUCAGCCACACACCCCAAUCCUGGCAAUACCCCCCUCAACAACAACCGUUGCACACAUCAGGCCAGACCACGGACCUCGUCCCAUACCUCCGUCGGGAACUCUCCACAUAUGUGGACCACCGUAUCGUCCAGGCCACAGGCCCACUCCAGCAGGAAGUCGAUACACUCCGAGCGGAUAAGGAGGCCUUCACAGCCUUAGCCUCUGCCACCAGUGCAGCCUGCACCACCCUCGAUGUGCGACUAAUCGAAGAACGCCGCCUCCGGCACCCACCAAGCAGCAAUGGCCGAACGCCUCCCAUCAUCGAAUCCAGUCUGCGCACCCUAAUGCAAGCCAUGCAAAGUGUCUCCUCCCAACUUGCUGGCCUCACCGCCCUCGGCACCCCUGCGACCGGACUGCAAGCCGCGUACCCCACCCAGACUACGCUGACGCCCUCUCCCCCAGCACCCGAUGAUUCCGUUCCAUUGAACCAGCCAACCGGACCCGAUGACUCCAUGGGGACAGACCCAAACGACACCAUGGGCUUCCUGCUCUGGUCCACGUACUCCAUCCCCAUGGUCGCUGCCACCCACCCGGACCCCCCACUUCUCCCCUGGACUCCACAACCGGCACACUAUGAGCACCCCCUCCUUUCUACAUAUCAUAUCGACCACCUACGUGACCCGCCCUCUUCGGAUGACUCCAACAACUCCGAACACCUCGACCACCGCAUAGCGGACGACCUCCACCAGACCACCCCAAACGUCCCCCCCACUACCACUACCGAACCCAGACAGCGCCGCCGCCGCCGCUCCUGGCGGAUCCAGCGCCUCCCUCUUCCCACGCCAGACAUGAACACGGCACGCAUCCAACUGGACAACGUCCUCCGCCGGGAAACCCUCGAGAGUGAGGCCUACAUUGGCGACGUAGGUACACCCCCGACUCCCGACCCGCGGGUAGAUAGCCUGCGUAUUGCCACGACCAAAAUCAAUAAAAACACGUGCGGUAAAUUGAGAGCCGAACUGGCCACAUGGUUCCGCGCCAACGAGCUUGACGUCCUCAUCAUUGCUGACGCUGAUCUGCCGGCACACAAGGCCACACAACUGUGGACGCCAUCACCCGGAGGUGCGCAUACAUCAAGCCUCAUGGCCAUCAGCAACCACCGAGUGAGAGUCUACUCUAUGAAAUACAACGCUGGCACUCCCGCAUCGACGCCCGCUCCACCACAUACUCCACAUCAGGACGUAGUCUAG